AUGUGGGUUAAAAGUUUUGCAACCAUUAGAAAUACUACAGCAUUUAUAUUUAAUAGAAUUGCCUCGAUAAAUUUCAUUGGAGAGCAAAGAAUAUUGCGUGACUUUAAAGGCCAUGCUUUAUCAAUUCGCUUAAAGUAUGUGCAACACAAAGGUGUGAAAGGUAUUCGUAACAGAAAAAGUGCCUAUGAACAAUUUUCUAGAGAUGCCAACGAAACCAAAACUUCCAUGCCCAAAGAUUUUGGAGAAGAAGUGUAUCCUGAAGAUUCUGUCAACUUGAAUGAUCGUGUAUAUGAAGAAUUGGUCAGCAAUGUGAUGAACAUUUCCCCUACAUCUUCAACUCAAAAUGUGUUCGUUAUACAGCCAUACGUCAAAUGGGGAAGUGAGCGAAACACUUUGAGUACUCCUCUUGAUCAAUUGGAGGAGGCGAAGAAACUGAUUACUUCUUUGCCUAACUGGCGCGUUGGUCAUGCAAUUAAGAUACCACUCGAAACUCUCAAUCGAAAGGCGCUUUUUGGCAGUGGCAAAAUAGAAGAACUUAAAAAACUUCUCAAUGAACACAACGCUAAAGAGACUUUAACGUGCAUAUUUAUCAGCAAAAGCACUUUAUCAUUUGCGCAAAAACAUUUUCUAGAAGAAACAUUCAAACUGCCGGUGUUAGAUCGUUACACCGUUGUCAUACAAAUAUUGCGUUUACAUGCGAUUAGUGCAGAAGCACGUCUUCAAGUAGCCAUGGCUGAGAUUCCAUAUCUUUGGGCACAAGCGAAAGAUGCAAAUCCAACGCUAGCACGUAAACAGGGUUAUUUGUAUAGUGAUGCUCAGCGGGAUAUAUUAAAAUCCCGAGAACGUAAGUUGAGACAGGAAUUAGAACGGAUAAGGGAUCACAGGAGACUACUACGUAAUAAACGAAAACAAAAAAACUACCCCGUGAUUGCUGUAGUUGGGUACACAAAUGCCGGAAAAACUUCAUUAAUUAAGGCUCUUACACAGGAGCAGAACAUGCAACCACGUAAUCAGCUAUUUGCUACACUUGAUGUGACAGCACACGGUGGUUUUUUGCCAUGCAAUCUCGAGGUUAUAUAUAUGGAUACGGUGGGUUUUUUAUCCGAUCUACCCACUGGUUUAAUGGAGUGCUUUGUGGCAACCCUAGAAGAUGCUAUGCUGGCGGAUAUAAUUUUGCACGUUCAGGACCAAUCGCACAGAUGUAAAGAAGCGCAGCGCGAACAUGUGGUAUCCACAUUGCAAUCACUUAAAAAUAACAUUGCCGGCACUCAUGAAAUACCGCCUGUUAUAGACGUCGGCAACAAAAUUGAUUUGAUAUCUUCACAUGAACAGCCACAGCCGCGCAAAGAUAUAUUUUAUGUAUCGGCGACUGAGCGCACAGGCCUCAAAGAGUUGACAUUGGAAAUUGAACGGCAAAUACUUACUGUGACGGGACGUCGCACAAUAACAAUGCGUGUGCGAAAUGGUGGACCAGAGGUGGCGUGGUUGUACAAAAACACAGCAGUAACAAAUGUAAGGGCCGAUGAAGCCAGUGCCGAACACUUGCUAAUAACUGUGGUUAUAGACGAAUUGAAAAUGCAGCAAUUUAAAAAGGAGUUUUUAUCAGCAAACCAUCCAUAACCGUAGCAAUUUAAUGAAACCAAUAAAUUGAUUGUGAUAAACAAUUCGAAA